AGGAAGCCUGCUGGUUCCUGAUGCCUGGUCUAGUCUGCAGAGGCAGGACUGCCCGGUAGAGUUCGCUUCUGCCGCGCCGUUUACAAGCAGCUGCCACCCGGGGUUCCUCUCAUCAAGCUCCUUCCUUCUCUUCACGGAUGGAUCCCAAGGGGCUUCUCCCCUUCAACGUCCUGCUGUUCCUCUCCCUGGCUUGUGACCGGAGCUGUGGAACAGGUUGCCCAAUCACCUUUGGGCAGUUGGGAAGCAGUGUGCUGCUGCCCCUGAUAUCUGAAGGGAUAAGUAAGAGUAUGAACAAGAGUAUCCACAUGUUCAUCACGUGGGCAAAAUCACCGGAAAACAGGUCCAGUAAGAAAAUCGUGUCUCUUGAUCUGCCAGAAGAAGGCUCUUCACGCUACCUGGAAGAUGGCUAUGAGUUUUACCAGGAAAACUUGAACCUGGAGAUCCUGGAAAGCAAAAAGGAGCAUGAGGGCUGGUACACUAUGACCCUGGAGGAAACAAAUUCAGUCCAGCACUUUUGCCUGCAGCUGAAGCUCUAUGAGCAGGUCUCCACCCCAGAAAUUAAAGUGCUGAACUGGACCCUGGAGAACGGGAACUGCAGCUUGAUGCUGGCCUGCAUGGCGGAGAAGGGGGACCAUGUGGUUUACGGCUGGAGCACGGAGGCAGGCACCCACCUGCCGAGUGCAGCAAAUGGCUCCCACCCUCUGUACCUCACCCUCGGCCCCCAGCACGCUGACGAUAACUACACCUGCACCGUGAGCAACCCCAUCAGCAACCGUUCCCAGACCUUCACCCCGUGGUCCAGCUGCAGCUCCUAUUCCUAUUCAGUUCCAGGACAAUGGGGACUGUAUGCUGGGCUGGCUUUAGGGGGCGUCAUUGGUGUCAUCAUGAUUCUCCAAGUGGCAAUACUUCUAUUCAGAAGAAGAGGUAAGACAGACCAUUACGAGCCAACAGUGGAAGAAAAAAGCCUUACUAUCUAUGCCCAAGUCCAGAAAUCAGGUUCUGUUCAGAAGAAACCUAAUCCCCUGCCAGCUCAGGACCCCUGCACCACCAUUUACGUGGCUGCCACAGAGCCUGUCCCAGAGCCUGUUCAGGAGCCGAGCUCCAUCACCGUCUACGCCAGUGUGACACUGCCAGAGAGCUGACACCACAGACCCGGCGAAGGGCUGGCGGAAGGAGGCCGGAGGAGCCAAAAGAAACACUGAACUUGGCCCCAGGCCUCAAGUUCUUAUGAUACUCUACACACCUGCACUCCUCGGAUCAGCUCCCUGGGGAUGUCGCUUCCACACCCACCCGUGACAGGGACAAGCAAGGGAAGUUUCCCGCGCACUUAGCCUGCUGUGCAGGGCACAGGCCCAGGACAGGUUUCCGUGUCUGUAGUGGGAGUGGAUAAGGAAAGCCAAGGGCAGAAAGCCCGCAGAUAGAGCUCGGAGCUCAGGCGCUGGCCAGCAGCAGAGCCCGGAACCGGUUCCACUCUGGCUGCCUGUUCUUGGUUCUGGGAGCUGCUCCCGGUCACCAGGCAGGCCUGCUCCAGGCUCUGUGCCCCCAGGUCCUCUCUCUGGAUGAGCAAUGAAGGAUGAGUUCCUUAUUCUAUGUAAAACACUGUGACAAAAGAAGCUAAAGAGUCAAUAAACUGGCAACAUGGCUUUGAGGUCUCCGGAGCUUUGAAUAAUGGAAUGAAAAUCAUCUAAGAUUCUUAAAAAGCAUAGUUUUAAGAAUGUGCAAAAGGUGGGUGCUCAGAUUUAAAGAAAGUGGCGAGUAUUUGUAUUUGAUGAUGCCGUUACAAAGGAAUUUGUGGUCAUCAGAACUUAUUUUAGGGUGAUUUUUCACUUCCCCAAAUUAUUUUUAAAUUCUAGUUCUCUGUUUGCUCCGUUGAGCAACAAAUCUGGAGCUUCAGCUAAGGCUUGUCAACAUUAUUCUGAACUCGUUUUACGUCCGCGGCCUCGCAUCACCAGAGCCUCUAGCAGGAACUUCCUAACCCCUUGCGCUGAAUCUAUCCUGAAGUAGAAAAUUAACAUAUUUCAGCCCCACAGUUUCAAGGAAUUGAAUGCUUAAUAAAUUGCAGGCUGCAGACAGAGAGCUUCUUUCAUAAAGUCCUAUUUUCUUCCUAUUCUCUUGCUUUCAGACAUUCCUUCCUCAACGGAAGCCCUUCCUCUUUCCGACAGGCGCUUGUAUGACACUAAGAAAGCACCGGCUGGCUGUCUUUCAACCAUGUCACGAGGGUCCCAACGUCCCGGCUCAGAACGCUGAGGUCCUUGUCACCUUGUACCGCCUCUGUUCAGUCCAUUCGGACGUUAGUUCUGUUGCUCGGUGUAGCUCAUUCCCUGGUAGCGAUUUUGGUAAGAGUUCUUAGCUGUGAUCAACAGAAACUGGUCUGGAUUUUGUUUUAAUAUAUUUUUAUUAAUUUCAGAGAGGAACGGAGAGGGAG